AUGGGUGUACCAAGAUUUUUUAGAUGGGUUUCAGAAAGAUACCCACAAAUAUUGCAAAAGAUAAUUGAUUCCACUCCACCUGAAUAUGAUAAUUUAUAUUUAGAUAUGAAUGGUAUUAUACAUGCAUGUUCGCAAGAAUUCGCUAAUAGUUUAAUAGAAUUUUCCGAAGAAGAGUUAAUUCGUAAAGUUUGUAAUUAUGUAGAUAGAUUAUUCCAUACUAUUAGACCAACAAAACUUUUUUAUAUGGCGAUUGAUGGUGUUGCACCAAGAAGUAAAAUCAAUCAACAAAGACAACGUAGAUUUUUAUCAGUUCACAGAGACGAAAAAUUAAAACAACAAUUAAUUGCAGACGGAAAACCAGUACCAGAAGUUAUUUUUAAUAGAACUGCAAUUACACCAGGUACUCAAUUUAUGUAUAAUCUAUCCGAAGCACUUCAAUUUUAUAUUAAAAAGAAAAUUUCUGAAGAUUUAAGUUGGAGAGAAGUUCAAGUAAUUUUUUCAGGCCCAGAGGUAUGA